GGUGCCCUGGAGAAGUCAGUUGGUGGUUCCAGGCACCGAGGAUCUGAAGGACCAUUCACCUGGGAUUGCAGGAAUGUGCUCCCUCCCCAUGGCAAGAUACUACAUAAUUAAGGAUGCCGACCAGAAGGCUCUGUACAUAAGAGGCGACCAGCUCCUGGUGGGAGACCCUGAUGCGGACAACUGCUGUGCAGAGAAGAUCUGCAUACUUCCCAACAGAGGCCUGGACCGCACCCAACUUCCCAUCUUCCUGGGGAUCCAGGGAGGCAGGCGCUGCCUGGCCUGUGUGGAGACAGGGGAGGGGCCUGCCCUGAAGCUGGAGGAUGUGAGCAUCGAGGACCUGUACAAGGCCGGCGAGCAGGCCACACACUUCACCUUCUUCCAGAGAAGCCUGGGCUCCGCCUUCAGGCUCGAGGCUGCAGCCUGGCCGGGCUGGUUUCUCUGUGGCCCAGCUGAGCCCCAGCAGCCGGUUCGACUGGCCGAGGAGACUGAACCCUCCGCCCGCACUGAGUUCUACUUUGAACAGAGUCGGUAGGAAGGCAGCAGGCAGAGGUCCAGCCUGGGGCCCCCAAAGCAGGCCCAUCUGCUCGGGGCCAGUGGUAGGCAGAGCGAUGCUCUUCAGCGAUGUCACCUCCUGACCCCCAGCACCUGGGAAUAUGUUACCUUACAAGGCAAAGGGACUGGGAGUAAGUUAAAGGUCUUGAGAUAGGGAGACCAUCCUGGAUUAUGGGGCGGGGGGGUGGAUGGGCAAUGUCUCACGGGGUCCUCAUAAGAGGGAGGCAGGAGGGCAAGAGUCAGAGAGAGAUGGGAAGAGGCGGUGCUGCUAACUUUAAAGAUGGAAAGGGGCUGUGGCAGGCAUGCACGUGGUCCAGAAGCUGGACGAGGCAAGGGAACGAUUCUCCCCUAAAACCUCCAGAAGGAGACAGCCCUGCGACUACCUGAUUUUAAUCCCAUGAUGCCAUUUCCCGCACCUGCCAUCCAGAGCUGCGAAAUAUUAAAUGUGUGCUGUUUUCA